AAACUCAGCAAACAACACAAACAAAUCUAAACUGUGUUUUGUUGUGUUUUUAGUUUAUUUAUUUUUUUUAUUAUGCGCGUCUAUGAUCCGGAGCGUGACUUUCCCGAGGUCUACAAGCUAUGCAAGCAGUUCUACAUUAGCGAUGAUAAGCUGCUGGCUUUAAGGGACGGCAUGUCCAAGGAGAUCGUUGCCGGCCUGGGCAGAGAUACAAAUGCGCGCUCCUCUGUGGCCUGUUUGCUGUCCUAUGUGCAGAACAUGCCCACGGGGCGUGAGCGUGGACGCUUUCUGGCGCUGGAAAUGUGGCCAACCAAUUGUCGCAUUAUGCUGGUGAAGUUCAGCAGCGAGAAGGAUAUUUACAUGAGCUCCAAGUGUGUGGUGGUGCCACAUACUGUGGCCGGUGCACGCGGCACCGAGUUGUUUGACUUUCUGGCCGACAACAUUGCCAUAUUUGUUAAAGAGAAAAAAGUGGAGAAGGACAAUCUGCCCAUGGGCAUAGCCUUUGCGUUUCGUCUAAACAAGCUGUCGCUUGAUGUGGGCCUGCUGAUGGCUUGGACUAAAGGCUAUGGCGCCAAGGGUGCCAUAGGCAAGGAUGUGGUGCUGCUGCUGCGCACAGCGCUGGCCAAGCACAGUGAAAUUUCAGUUAAUCUAAAUGCGAUUAUCAAUCAAGCAGCGGGCUCGCUAAUGGCGCUAGCCUGGUCGCUGCCCGAAACCAAAGUGGGCCUAAUCAUUGGCACUGUAACCAACUGCGCAUAUGUGGAGCAAGUGUCCGAGUGCGAACUGUUUGAUGGCGACAAUGAAAGUCCGCUUAUGAUAAUCAAUACCGAGUGGGGCGCGUUUGGCAACAAUGGACACAUGGACAACAUACGCGGCGAGUUCGACAAGAUCAUUGAUGCAGAGUCGAAUAAUCCAGGCAUGCGCAGCUAUGAGAAGUGCAUCUGCACUUUGUAUCUAGGCGAGCUGGUGCGUCGCGUUAUAGUGCGGCUAAUGCAGGAGGGCGCCAUAUUCAAGGGCUACAACAUGGAAUAUAUGAUGAUACAGUGGAAAAUGGAAAUGAAAUCAUUGAUUGCCAUUGAAUCCGAUCCACCGGGCGUUUAUGUAAAGGCACAAGAGGUUAUGGACAAGUUUCGCAUGCGCAAUUGCGCUGAGCGCGAUCUGGCAGCACUGCGCUAUAUAUGCGAAACGGUGUCAGCACGCUCGGCGCGUCUCGUAUCCGCCGGACUGGCAGCAAUUGUCAAUCGCAUGAACUAUAGUCAUGUAGUCGUAGCUGUGGACGGCGGCAUUUAUCGACUGCAUCCCACUUAUCAUAAGACGUUGAACAAGUUUGCGCUUGAUUUGAUCUAUCCGGAUAACUCAUUCGAAAUUGUGGUAGCUGAGGAUAGUCCAGGUGUAGGAGCAGCCAUUGUCGCUGGCUUGGCAGUGUCGCUAAGCGAAGUGACGAGAACAUUUUCGAUCUCUUAGUUUCAAAGAGUAUUCUAAUUUACAGUGUAACCAAACUCUAAUAAAUUCAAUU